UCCAUGUCAUUCAAUACACUUCAAAUUGUCCAGCUGUAGAGAUCCCUCCGUCUGCGCUCAAAGCUCGCAUAUACUGUAUUCUCACACUUCACUCUGUCCUCGAACCCAUCCAUCCAUCGAGGCAGCCACCAAGUCACCCACCCGUUAGUGCUUAGGUUGCUCGUCGGGAUAAUACUCCAAAUGUUUCUUGAUCGUAGGACGUUGAAGACAGUUCUUGUUUGUAGAUUCUUCUCUCGAUCGAAGUAGGCAGUUUACUUUCAGACGACAUAUCGUGGUUAUCAUCUGCUAGGUAAAACUGCCGUGGAGGGCUCUUCCUCUGUUCUGCAUGGUCUCCCACAGUAUUGAGCAAAUCUAGGUGUAGGAUAUGGCAACCCCUACUUGGCAAACAAGGCCAGUGCCCCCUCCAGCUGGGUCACAACAAACUGCAGUUCCUGUGCCACAGAGCUAUUGGGGUGCUCCAGGUACGAGCAACAAUCAGGUUCAACUACCCAGGCCUCCAUAUGGACCACCUUCUGGACCGCCGUCAGGGUCUCAGCAAACUAAUUAUGCGCAGCCGUCUCCCUCUCAGCCCUACAGGAGCCCUAAUCAGAUGAGCGGAUCUGGAACUCCAAAUCAACCCCCUCCACCAUUACCGCCUGGCUCUUCUCCUGCGAUAUUGCAGUCAGGUCCUUAUGCCCCACUUCCUAUGCAACCUAUGCCUGCUUAUGGUCCUCCGAUGGGUACAUUUCAAGGAAAUAGAUGGCAGCCUCCUGUUCCUGGCUCUACGCCAACGCCUCCAUCUGCACCGGGGGUUGUUCGGUCUUCAACAGAAAAUCCACUCGUGAAUCGGACUUCAAUGCCUUCAUCUGCACCAACUCCUGUGGUCAAUCAACCUGGACCACCUGCAUCUGCACCCUUGACACAACCACCUCAUUAUCAAACUUAUCCUGGAGGUCCUGUUCCACCUUCUAUGGGACCCUGGAUGUCUGCACCACAACAAACAGUUCAAAUGCAGCAACGUCCAGCCUAUGGAGGCUUUCAGUCCAAUUACCCUAUGCCUUACGCUAGUCACCAUCCGAUUGGACUUUCUCAAGACAUGUCAGGUGGGAAAGUAGCACCUCAUAUUGGUGUACAGUAUAGCUCUGGAGGUGAUCCAUCUCUUGCACCAGGCCUGGGCAAUCAGGCUGCAAAAAUGUGGGGACAUCCUGCUCCCUACAAUGGGUCUUUGGUUUUGCCCUUUCCUGGUAAAGAUGCCUCUGUUGGUCCACUUGGAAGACCUCCAGGGUUGGAAUCAAAUAAUAUGGUCAACUUAGUGCCAGUAUCCGAUCCAGGAUCACUUGACUCAUCGGACAAGAGAACGCAAAGUGAAACCGCUGCUGCACCCGAUGCAUGGACAGCCCAUAAAACGGCAGAUGGUGCGGUUUAUUACUACAAUUCAGUUACAGGCAGAUCAACCUAUGACAAACCGGCAAGCUUCAUAGGCGAGGCAGAAAAAGUUACUGCCCAGCCAACUCCCGUUUCUUGGGAAAGGUUGAACGGAACCGAUUGGGCGUUGGUGACGACCAACGAUGGCAAGAAGUAUUAUUACAACACCAAAACUCAGGCCACAAGCUGGCAAGUUCCGAGUGAAGUCGCAGAAUUUCGUAAGAAGCAAGCCGAAGAAGUAGCUUUAAAGUCCAGCACAGAGGUUGUUGCAGCUCCUGGCACUACAGCCGAGAAGAGCAUUGUUUCUUUUAGUCUCAAUAUUCCUGCGGCAGCAACAGGUGGACGAGAAGCUAUUGGACACAAGGGAGUAGUGGGAAACUCUGCUCUAGAUCUCAUAAAAAAAAAGCUGCAGGAUCCCGGGGCUCCAGUUGUAUCAUCUCCCGUUCCUCCUGGCAGUGGUUCCACAUCAGUUAUCACUACUUCAAACUUGGAUUCUCUUAAUGGCAAAGCUGAGAGUACCAAGGACAAACCGAAGGGAAACAAUGUCGAGUCGGUUUCUUCUGACUCCUCGUCAGACAGUGAUGAGGAAGACCCAGGGCCAACGAAAGAAGAGCGUGUUGUACAAUUCAAGGAAAUGUUGAAGGAGAAGGGUAUUGCUCCUUUCUCUAAGUGGGAGAAAGAGCUACCGAAGAUCAUUUUUGAUGUUCGGUUCAAGGCUAUACCAAGCCACACUGAGCGUCGCUCAAUGUUUGAGCAUUACGUGCGUACUCGAGCAGACGAAGAACGGAAGGAGAAGCGAGCUGCUCAAAAAGCUGCAGUUGAGGGCUUCAAGCAGUUACUCGAGGAGGCAGCAAAGGAAUUGAGCUACCAUACAACUUAUGAGAACUUUGCUAGAACCUGGGGUGAAGAUCCUCGUUUUGAGGCUUUGGAGCGGAAAGAUCGUGAGACUUUCUUGAAUGAAAGAGUGCUGCCGCUUAGAAGAGCCGAGGACGAAAGGGUCAAAGCUGAGCAUGCUGCUGCGGUUGGAGCUUUUAAAGCAAUGCUCCUGGAGAGGGCCGAUAUAAAUACAAGCAGCCGCUGGUCUAAAAUUCGGGAGAUUGUACGUAAUGAUCCAAGAUAUAUUGCUGUAAAGCGAGAAGAGAGGGAGGGUUUAUUCCUUGCCUACAUAUCUGAAUUGCAUUCUGCGGAACAGGAAGCCGAGCGGGCAGCCAAGGCUAAGAGAGAGGAGGAGGAAAAACUGAAGGAGAGGGAAAGAGAACUGCGGAAACGUAAAGAAAGAGAAGAACAGGAGAUGGACAGAGUUCGAGCCAAAGCGAGGCGCAAAGACGCCGUUACGUCCUACCAGGCUCUUCUAACCGAGAAGAUAAAAGAUCCGGAGGCUUCCUGGACCGAAGCAAGACCAAAAUUGGAAAAGGAUCCUCUUGGGCGGGCAACGAACUCUGAACUAGAUCUCUCUGAUCGCGAGAGACUUUUCCGGGAACAUGUGAACGAGAUUUUUGAUCGCCUUGUACGAGAAUACAGAUUACUGCUUGCGGAUGUAAUAACUAUUGAUGCAGCUCAAAAACUUGCUGAAGAGGAUAAGCAUAUCCUAACAUCGUGGUCCGAUGCGAAGAAGCUUCUUAAGCCUGAUCCCCGUUAUGGGAAGAUGCCACGAAGAGAUCGUGAAUCAUGGUGGCGCAGAUAUGCAGAGGACGUACAGCGGAGAAUCAAAGCAGCGGCGUCUGUGGCCACAAAGGACGAAAAGGCGGUGCCAGCGAAUGGAGCAAAAUCUGGGAUGGCUUCGGAAACUAGUGUCCGUUCUCCUGGAUUGAGGCGAAACACAAGUCGUAGAUGAUUAAUAACCGUCUUGUGAAUCUGUUCAAUAUGUAAAAUAAAAAGGUAAGAUAGGUCUAGGCAGGAAAUCCAGGUCUUUGUUAAAUUCAGGUGAGCCUCAUCUCAACAAGCUUCAACUAGCGGGGUCAACUAACAAGCCGUAGCUUUCAUUUAUUCCGCAUUUUGUUGUCUAUAGUUCAUCACAUUGGGGCUGAGCAUUCUUCAGAUUCGUGCAACCAUUAGACGUGCAAAUACUGUGGGUGUAGCUUUAGAUAGUGUCAGCAUAUUUGCUCAGUGCCCCGUAUACCGACAUCAGAUGGAAGACUAGCUUUGAUGUGUUCGAUGGACAGAUGUUCCACUUUAGCCGGGCUUACAAGCAGGAAAAAACUCAUUUUUUUUCUUGCAAUUUGGAUGAGCACAAGGUUUUAAAAUCUUCAAUAUGUAUUGCUUUUGGUAUUCUUGGCUGCCAGAGCUGACGAAGCUCCAAUUUUUUUGACA